AAUCCGGAGCUCCAGUGGGUUUCUAUCCGCGACUUUGGCCAGCCGAUAUCAAGAGGCAUUCGGUAUCCGACGAUCCGCGCGGUGGUGUGCUCGAAGCAGUCGUGUGUCAUACGGUUUUACUGCCCAUUUUUAUAGCCCGGUUUUACGAUUAUUUACAUCGUUAACUGUAAUCAUUUUACUACCGUUUAACGGGCCCAUAACCAUCAAGUGACACUACAAAUGACCUGUUAAAUCUACCGAAUUAUAAUGUCGUAUAUUUUUAUCUUGUUUAUGUGCGACUUUGACUGAGUUUGAAUUUUCGAAUUUAGCAGCGUGCUGCUAUACCAGUGUACCUAUAACUGAUCAGUGUGAGUGCGUCCCAGAGUUUUUUUUUUCGACCGAGUGGACUAUCCCUCGUCACGGGGGAUAACAGGAAAGGGCGCCAAAAUUAACUCCGCAAUCAUGAACUCUUACUUCGAACAGAGUGGCUUCUACGGGGGCCACCACCAUCAGGGUGCAGGGUCCGUGACGGGGGCCCAUCACCACGACCAGAGUGCGGCCGCAGCAGCGGCUUACAGAUCUUUUCCCUUAAGUCUUGGGAUGUCGCCCUACGCCUCCACACAGCACCACCAUCAUCACUCCUUACACCAAGCGAGGCCACCACAAGACUCCCCAUACGACGCCUCAGUCGCCGCUUGCAAGCUCUACUCUUCCUCUGAAAGCCAACAAAACUCCUACAGCAAUUCCGCUAACACCAAACCAGACUGUUCGAAGGGUAACGCAGACCAGAACGGCUAUGCAUCAGUGGUGGCUGCAGCCGCUGUUAAGGACGUUUGGCAAAGUGCGACGAGCGGUGGUGGUGCCAAUCUGGCCAACAGCCUGGCUGGUCCGGUGAGACCAUCGGCCUGCACGCCUGACAGCAGGGUAGGCUACGGUUCCUCCGUUGGCCUGGUCGGCGGCGACCCUUCCUCCAGCCCUGGAUCAGCGACAGGAGGAAGAACCUCCAACUCCCUAUCUUCAUGGAACAACCCUUGCUCGUUGAACACGUCGUCUUCUCAGCCGGUAGGGACGCAGAUUCACCAACAACCAAACCACACAUUCUACCCUUGGAUGGCUAUCGCAGGUGCAAAUGGUCUGAGACGGAGAGGUCGUCAAACCUACACGAGGUACCAAACUCUCGAAUUAGAAAAAGAAUUCCACACGAACCACUAUCUGACGCGACGAAGAAGGAUAGAGAUGGCGCACGCGCUCUGCCUGACGGAAAGACAGAUAAAAAUAUGGUUCCAGAACAGAAGAAUGAAACUGAAGAAGGAAAUACAGGCGAUCAAGGAAUUGAACGAGCAGGAAAAACAAGCGCAAGCACAGAAAGCGGCGGCGGCGGCCGCCGCGGCUGCGCAGGUCGAUCAAAAUUAGUGGAUGACGUCGAUGUUGAUGGCCGAGCAGCUCAACCUAAUCAACUGAGAACCUCAAGGAUGCGAGAGUUACUGGUAGACCUCAGAUCUCUCGGAAGAUGAGGGAUAGCUGCUCACCCAUCAACACAGGAAGAACUGCCCUAUCGGAAGUUGUUCACCAUUCGGACAUUUGUAAAAUUUGUAUAAUUGAAUGUGAAAUAUAUAUAAUAAUAUUAAUCCGAUACGUGUAAAUUUAUGAAGAUUUAUCUGAAAAAAACAAUUUUUGGUGAGUUCUCAGAUCUGAACUAUUAGUUCUAGUCAACAAUAAGAUUCAAAUCAAAAUUUUUUUUUCGCAAUUUUCAACGUGCCAUAAAUCCUGAAACGAUAUAUACGUAAAUCUGUAAUCCUACUAGUUGUAAGAAAGAUGAAUACAAAAGAAAAUCUAUAAUAGCUAAUUGUGCACUUUGUAAAUAAUAUAUCUAAGAAAAAUAAUAAUAAUGAAAAGGUUUAUUUCAUUUACAAACACUGAUUGAUUUAUAUUGUAAAUAUAGCGAUAAGAUCUCAAAGUUUCCUACAUCGGAAUGAAUUGUAUUAUGCAAAGAUUUCGUGCAAUAAUGGAGUGCAACAUUUAGUUUGAAGAAAUUUUAUUUUUAUUUUAUUAUUUGUAGAAAAAUUCAACUAUAUGUAUUAUACAUUUUAUUCAAUAAAUUUGUGGAAAUAAAAUUCAUAUGCCCAAAAAUACUGCAUGAAUUGAAUGUAAAUGGAAAUGAAAAUUAGAUUCGGCUUUUUAUUGAGCAUUGAGCACCGCUUUGUACUAUAGAGUACUUUUCACGUGAAAUGUAAAAUAAAUGUAUAUAUAAUUAUCGAAUGAACCUCUGAAAGAAUUUAAAACUAAAGACAUUAGCAAUUAGAAAAAUAGGAUAGAAUUUAUAGGUUUAUUUAUAUGGUACGUUAUGUUAUUCCGUUUUGUAUUCGUAAAAAUAUCGAAUUGAUUAUAGUGUGCGAUGUGUGCUAACAUUAAAUUACAGUUAGAUACGUCAUUUUUUAUGAUGGAAUCAAGGCAUCCUAACACUGUUAAAAGAGCAGUAUCUUUUUGCACUACAUGUAAUA